AUGGAACCAAUAUCUUAUGAGCUUAUGGAGGAUGAUUCUGAUGAUAUAAUAUCAAAUGGUCAAAAGAUGGUAGACAUAUUUGCUGCAACAGUUUCAGAUUAUAGAAAAUGUAUGGUUUGGACAUUUUCGCCAUUUCAAUCACUAAAUCCACCAGAGAUUUGGACCAGUGAUGUUUGA